UUAUAGAUGCGUUUGCUUCCUGCCAUUAUUUUUAUCUGUUGGUCCACAUUAAUAACUGGGAACGACCACAGAUUCAGACACUUAAAGAGUAAACCCUUCGACGAAAUGGAAAUUGAACACAAUUCUCGAUCGAUGCUUGAGAACUCUUCAGUGGACCAUUUAUUAAAAGAUUUAAUAUUUAAUCGACCAAUUGAUAACAUGGAUAAUUGGAAACCACUCGCUAACACUUAUUCAAGAUUUCCCGAAUUUUAUAUGGAUAAAUUAAUCACAUCCCAGUGUCAAGAGAUAGUUUUUAUAAAUGCAAGACUCUCUGACAUUAAUCAGGAUUUCAUUAUCAGUUCUGUGAUUACAUGCCUUAAUAUCACAAAUAAUAACAUUGAAAGAAUCGCAAAAAACGCCUUUAGGAAGCUUCCUAAUUUAACUUAUUUGGAUCUUUCUCAUAAUAACUUGAAUAAUCCAACAGAAUUAUUUAGUUUUGGAAGUCAUAAGAACCUGAAAGGUCUCUUUUUGGAUAAUGCAAUUCGCAAAUUUGAAUUUAGAGACAAAAUCGAAAUUUCCGAAGAAAAUUAUCCUAAUUUAGAAAUCUUAUCUCUCCGAAACAAUAUUUUUACCGAUAUAUGGACUUCACGUAUGAAAUUCUUAAUAGAAAAUUCGAAUAUUUUUCAAUUCCCCAACUAUUUACAUACAGAAAAUGAUCUAAGUUUUUCGAAUCAUUAUAUUGAUGAUGAUAUUAUACAAAAAGCUCCAUUUCCUAAAUUAAAAUAUUUAGAUCUUUCAGGAAACAAUAUGAUAAGUACUGAUUUUGUAAAAUUACUGCCGAGUACUUUACGUUGUCUUGAUCUUCAUAAUAAUUUGCUCACAACUUUGACUUUAAGCGAUAAAGGAAAAAAUUUACUUACACUAAAUUUAAAUAAUAAUAAUUUUUAUUCAGUGAGAAAACAAUCAUUUGUACCAUUUAAUCUGAACGAGCGAUAUAAUCAACAUACUUAUAAUGAAUAUAAUUCACAUGAUCUGAUUUAUCAGUAUAAUUCGGCGUUGAAUCUGAGUGGUCUAGAGAAUUUAGUUUACCUUUCGAUUUCUAACAACAAAAUUAAUUUUAUCGAAUCAACUGCUUUCCAGGAUAUCAACAAGUUAGUCUAUUUAAAUUUAUCCGCAAAUGAAAUAAAUAAUCUCGAUAAGAACACCUUUGCAAGCUUACAAUCUUUGAGCACACUUGAUUUGAGUUUUAAUAAUCUUCAGAGUGUUCCAUUAUUCUCACGUGAAACAAACAUCAGUGUAUUAUUUUUAAAUUGCAACAAGAUACAAAAAAUAAUAUCACACUCUUUUAUUCAAACAUCAAGAUUAACAAAAUUGUUUUUGGAAGAAAAUCAGAUUUUUGAAAUCGAUAUUAAAGCUUUUGAUUAUCUUUAUAACUUAGAGGAAUUAAAUUUAUCGAAAAAUCUGUUACAUUUUCUGCCGGAAGGGUGGACAAACCAUUUAUUGUCUUUGAAAUAUUUGAAUUUGAGUAAUAAUACAUUCACUUCGUUGGAAUCGCUACCGUUAAUCAAUGCAGUAUCAUUAAUAGAGAUACAUUUGAUAAUGAAUCCACUUAAACAUCUUAAUGUUAAUUAUUUCGAAAGUUUACCACAAAAUCUUACUAUCAACUUAAUGUAAAGUAAUCUAAUUUUAUUGAAAAUUAAUCAUCUUAUUUGGUGGAAAUUUCAAACAAA